AUGAAGGCCAUCGUCAUGCACAAAGCCCUCACGCGCGAUUGGAACGACGCGUUCCAGUGCGUGAUGAAAGAGCUGCGCGAGCAGAUCCUGGCCAGCGCGGCUGCCUUUGCCGAAGAGGGGGCGUCGGGCGAGGCCUUCACCGCGCCUCAGCUCGUCAGGAGCGUCACGAGCAUGGACUCGAGCACGUUCAAGCCGCCUCUCGCCGUGGAGAUGCUUCAAAGCGGCAGCGCCAUCGCCAGCCGAAGGGGCUCGGGCAUGCUGUCGAGGAACAAAGACAAGAAAGACCGGAGGAGUCUAUCGCCCAGGAGCACCUCGCCCCGCACCAACAAAGCUACUACUGUUGGUCCCAAGGUGACAGACCUCAUCCUCGAGUUCACGCAGAUCGCGGAAGUGCUGGUCCAGAUCAUCGUGGACGAACUACACAGUCCCGACUACGACAAGCUCGUAAAGCCCACCAACCUGGGCGGUGUGGCCGGAGGAGAGAAGUACAUCUCUCACGGCAUCUUGUUCAAGUUUGCCCGAGACUUCCAGGGCCUCUAUGGUGGCGAUGAGUACGCCAUGAAGGCAACACAGCACGAGAUCAAGGGGCUGUCGGCCUACAUCAAGUAUUCGCUCAAUUCGCGCUUCCCCGACACGCUGCACUUCCCAAUCAUGACCGUCAUCGACUACAAGGGCUACAGGCUCAGCGCCACCUCAAUCCUUCCCGUUGGCUCGGAUACGCUGAUCUAUGGCUCAGCCGACGGCGGCAAGACGGUGUACAACCGGUACAAAGAAAUGAGCGCGCUUAUGAAGAAGGCCGGCCGCGCACUCAACAUUAAGUCCCACUGGAUCGUUCCGAUGGACAAGGCGUGGCGCGAGCGCGUCCAGAUCUGCGGUCCGGGCGACAUUGAGGGCCAUCUGGGCACGGACAAGCGUUUCUAUGUUCUGGACACGGCGAGGGUGUUCCCGCCGACGACGCCGGUCCCCGAAUUGCGAGGCUCCUUCCUCUACCGCCUCAUGCGGCCCGAGUUCGUGAAGAACUACCGCACGCCCCUGUGCUCCGACGCGUUCUCCAGAUGGGGCAACGACCCGAGCGAUCCGUCGGUGUUGCGGGAGCACAACGUGGAGAUCAGAGAGGCGACGAACGCCAUCGUCGAGAAGGCCGUCCCCGCAUUCGCCAAGCGCUUCGAGGACUUCUUCAGGCGAAUCUACCGCGGCCAAGACGGCUCCAGUAGCGAGAUGUGGCGUACUGCGCCGGACUAUUCGCGGUACAUGGUGAUCGACAUGCACCGCGCUGGCAUCAACGUCAGAUAUAUGGGGCACCUGCGCAAGCACACCACGAAUACCCUACUCAACCAAUGGCUGCUCAUGGAAAUGGCAUCGCGCGUGCUCAAGAACCGAAUGCGCGAGCUGAUGCGUCAGGUGCUGUCGGCCGAGGAGAAGGACCUGCGUGAAACCGAGUUUGAUGUCAAGCGCGCCCUGAAGGAGCGCUUCCCUGCCUGCUUCUACUCGGACGAGGAAAGCGACAGCUGGGACCUUCGGUCUCAGAUCCACUUCGGCGCGGUCUUCGGGCGGAUGAGCAGGCUGCUCGGCCUGCGCUUCACUGAGCAGUUCGAGGAGCAGCUGUGGAGGUGGAUCGACAAUGGCUGCAUCGGCGAGGUGGCCAGCGUCGACGUCAUCAACCAGGCGCUCAUCAGCAUCAGUCCCACCGUGGCUCAACUUCCGCUGGUCUCCCAGUCCCGGGCCAAGAAGUUCGAGAAACUGGCCGACAGCGCCUACGCCACCACCAAGCACCAGCAGAUCCAGUUCCUCCUCAAGGCCAAGGACGAGUAUCUGCUGGGCCUGGAGAUGAAGACGGACGACCAGGACCUCAUCGUGGGCCUCGUCCGGGUGCUCCUCGCCUGCGCCAAGCUCCUGCAGGCCCAGGCCGAACACCACAGCCGCCCGGAGCUCAAGCACGCCAUGACCGUCCGCAUCCAGCGCAUGUUCAUCCUCGCCGAGCGUCAGCUCAAGGAGGCUUUGCGUAUCGAUGGCACGCGGGCCGACACGCUGGCGACCUACGCCCUGUUCCUGGCCGAGCACGGCCCGGGGGCGAAGAAGCAGGCCAAGGCCGAGAAGUACUUUGAAAUGGCGCUGCAGGCGAGUCCCUACGACGCCGCCCUGCAGCAGCGAUACCGCGUUUUCAAGGGCGAGGAGGACCCCGAACCCGAGCCAACCACAACCGCGCCAGCGCCCUAUCUGGACCGGAAGAGUUUGUCGCAGCGGUUUUCUCGUCACGCGAGCGUCGAGCAGCGCAUGUCCGUGCCCAAGCGGCUCGCCCUCACAGUCGCCUGCGCGCGCAAACUGGCCGCCAUGGACACGAACGGGUUCUCCGAUCCCUAUUGCGUAGUAACACACGGGAGUCAGACGCACCAGACCGAGACGAAGAAGAAGACGCUCAAUCCAGCGUGGAACGAGACCUUCAACAUUCUGGUGGAGAGUGGAGAGCCGCUUCGAGUCGCCGUGUGGGACUGGGACCGCAUCACCAAGGACGACUUCAUUGGCGAGCGGGUGAUCGCCAUCGCCGAGCUGCAGCGUGAGCGCAUGGAGACGGAGACCUGGUACGGCCUGUGCCCGGCCAACGUGUCCACGCCCGACCCCUCUCUCGGCGAGAUCAAGCUCGCCUUCAAGUGGAGCGAGUUGUAG